UAGUGCGAGGGCUCCACACACUCCACUCGAGCCUGCAGGACACAGAAAGGGAAGAGUUCCCCUCAAACUUUCCCCAGUCAUAGCUGGAACUUGUAGAGAACUGUCGUUCUUUAACUCAGAGCACAUGAGACAGCUCACAAGCAUAGCAAGAGUUACUGCUGGAAAUGAGAGAUGACUUCUACACCAGACUCAGAUGAUGACAGAGCCUUUAAAGAUUUGAACGUUGUCGGAAUGCUGCAUCUAUUCUGGGAGCAAAAACAGGUGAACAGGGGCACAAGUGAGACUGAGAAUCUAGUAGUUUAUGAAUCCAUUCCCUCACCAGGACCUCCAUUUAUCUGCUAUGUCACCUUACCGGGAGGGAGCUGCUUUGGCAACUACAAGUAUUGCUACACAAAGGCAGAAGCCAGGCGUGAUGCCGCUCGUAUUGCUCUGAUGAACUCAACAUUCAAUGAUUUGCCUUGUCGUCGUAUCACUCCAGAAUUCAUCACCCGCAGCAUACAGGAGGCUGUUGCCACCACCAGUGGUAACAUGGAGGACGCCUCAGACCCGAGCACUAGUUUAGGAGCUUAUUAUCUCAUGCUGAAAUCCAACACAGGAAAAACCAUGCUGGAAUUUCAGGAAUUAAUGACAGUUUUUCAGCUGUUGCACUGGAACGGGACACUAAAGGCGUUUAGGGAGAGGAGAUGCAGUCGCCAGGAGGUGGUCAGGUACUACUCUGAGAAACGCUUGGACGAGUGCAUGCGUAGUCACAUGGCUCUGGACUGGCUGCAGAGGGAGAGCAAGCGGCCUGGUCUGCUUUCGCGGGAGCUGCAGCUAGCCAUUAGGGAGUUGGCCCAGGCUCGGCAGGCCGGACGAGAGCUUCGCUUCUACAAAGAAAAGAAGGAGAUCCUCAGCUUGUCUCUUAGUCAGGCCGCCUCUGACGAACUGAAGGCCUACUGUGGAGAGGAAGAAGAAUCUUGGAGAAAUCGACAAGCUUCCUUGACAUCUCUCACACAUGGUGGCCAUUGUUUGGCGGGUAGCAUGAUAGACCCAUUAGAACAUUGUGAGUUUUAUUACCUUGAUAGUGGGAGUGACAGAGAGUCAAUGGGCUGAAGUGUGUGUGUUUGUCUUGGUGGAGACCACGAAUAUGAUAUACCUGGCAGUUUUGACCUUGUUGGGGAAAUUUAGUUUUGUUUUCUACAAAACAUUAUUUAAUAAAACAAGACAAAAGAGACAAAGGAUUUCCUUUUGGUUACUGUGAUUAGAGUCAGGGUUAGAAUAAGGAGUUUGUAUAGCCUUAAUUAGCUGCACUAAUAAUUAUCCCAUUGGAAGGUCCUCGUGAGGACUGUAUGACAAACAUGCGUGUGCGUAAAGGGAAAAAUCAAGACUUACUUUCAAGAGCCUGUAUGUUGUACAUUUUCUAUUCCUUUGUUGAGUUAUUUUUCCAAUGUACUGUAAUGUAAUAAGUUUGCAGCUAAAUGAGCUCCUGUGAAAAUCUGAUUUAUUUAGCAGUAACCAUAUUAGUAGUACAUUUAGGGAUUGAACUUCUUGAGAGCAGUGCCGGCUCUCUUAUUGUUUAGGUGGAGAAUUUUAUAACUUGGCUUGUGUUGAGCAACAAUCAUUUUGUAUUUCUAUUGCCUUGGGAUUUAGAAGGGAACGUGAAGAAACCCCUGAUAGAUUUAGCUUUGGCCACAGGGUGGCACCAUAUCCUGUAAAUGGUUUUAUCUACAACUAGGGUAGAAAAUAUAUUUCUACCCAAGACCUGUACAUUUCUUCCUGAAUAAUAAACUGAAUUUAAAUAAAUAAACUGAAAAAAAUAUUCAAAGUGCUUUAAAUGCAGCCUGUCGUUGUGUAUUUGAUGUUUGAUAGUGAAGAUUUCUGGUUAUUUUAAUAAAUAAUCAUUUGUAUGAUUUAUUAUAGAAAAAACAUGUAAACACACUUAAAAAAUGAAACUCUUGACAGCAUUUAUUAGUGUUGUGUCUAAUUUAGAUCUAAUUUAUAUAUUUUACAAUACAGUUAACUAUCUUAUAAUUGGGAGUAUAUUAGGAGUCUGCGAAUUGGAUUUUAAGAUGUAGUCUACAUAUAGUGAAUGAUUAAUUUCUAGAUGUUUCUUUUUUAUUUGGGACACACAAGACACCUGGUGUUCAUUAACAAAUAAUAAAGUUAAAUGGUGAAUAUUUAAAACUUA